UAGUGUGUGAUUUGAGAUUCCAGAGCUGGACAACCAUAACCAGGACCUCGUGACGUCUCUGAAAAAUGUUUUCUCAUUUGCCUAUUGGAAUGAUGGGGUGGGAUCUUGAAGGAUGGCUAUCUCAAAACAAUCUUAGCUUAACUAGUUAGCUAGUGCGCUAAAUGUGCGCUGAAUUACAUUUUAUAGCAAUUUAGCAACGAGACACUGCCCAGAAAGUGAACUGUACAUAUGGCGUUGGUGCCCUCGUGCUGUGGAAUCGGGAGAUGGCAAGGCUUUCUUUGAAAAGACUUUUUGUUUUCUGUCUCUGCCUUUCAGUAUCGUUUUUCCUUAUCAUUACUCUUCAGGCACGCAGUAGGUUCUCUAUCAGUCCUCCUUUCUCUGUUCCCUGAUCUGCUUUGGUUACCUGACUAAUACCUGGAUGAAAACCCAGCUUCUUCUCCUCUCCCCUCUCCUUUCUCCUGUGGUGGAGCUGGGGCAGUUUGAGGGCAAAGUGCAAAGACACAAGCUUCCCCUGAAGGACAGACUACAGUCUCAGGACCUUAGCCCUCUGACGCGGACGAGGCCACCCACGGAGGCAGGCAGUCGCUACCCCCUCAUUGUUUGGUGGUCUCCUCUGACCGGGGAAAUGGGACGACUGGGUGAGUGUGGGAAGAACAAGUGCUUUUUCACCAUCAACAAGACUUACCACAACCAUCCCUCUACACAGGCCUUCCUGUUUUAUGGCACUGAUUUCAACAUAGAAAGCCUUCCCCUGCCCAGGAAGGCUGGUCACCACUGGGCCCUCUUCCACGAGGAGUCCCCCAAAAACAACUACAAGCUCUUCCACCCGCCCGUCAUCACCCUCUUCAACCACACGGCCACCUUCAGCCACCGGUCCCACCUGCCCCUCACCACCCAGUACCUGGAGAGCCUGGAGCUGCUGGCCUCCACGGCCCACCUGGUCCCCCUGUCGCAGAAAAACCGGCUGCGGAGGACCCUGGCUCCCCUGGUGUACGUGCAGUCGGACUGCGACCCCCCCUCGGACCGGGACGCCUUCGUGCGGGAGCUGAUGAGGCACAUCCGGGUGGACUCGUACGGGGCGUGUCUGCACAACCGGGAUCUGCCGGCCCCCCUGCGCGACUCGGCCACCAUGGACGAGCCGGCCUUCCUCCGCAUCCUGGCGCAGUACAAGUUCAUCCUGGCCUUCGAGAACGCCGUCUGCGACGACUACGUCACCGAGAAGCUGUGGAGGCCCCUCAAGCUGGGGGUGGUGCCCGUGUACUACGGCGCCCCCAACGUCCGCGCCUGGCUGCCUAGCAACAGGAGCGCCGUGGUGGUGGACCCCGAGGAGCCGCCGGAGAGCCUGGCGCGGUACCUGAAGAGGCUGGACGAGAACGACCGGGAGUACGAGGCCUACCUGGAGUGGAAGCUCCGCGGCGGCGUGUCCAACCCCGCCCUGCUGACCGAGAUGAGGAACCGCAAGUGGGGCGUGCAGGACCUCGCCAAAGAAAACUACAUAGAUGUUUUCGAGUGCAUGGUGUGCAACCGCGUUUGGGAGAACCUCAGGAGACAGGAAGAGGGCCUAACUCCCAAAACCUGGCAGGCCGAAGCCAGCCACCUCAGCUGCCCUCCUCCCCGGACGUUUGGCUUCCCGGACGGCCCCACGGGCGGAGCCUCCAUGCGGGGGGUCUGGGGGCUCAGCUACAAGCAGUCCAGGCUGGAGGCUCGAGCCCUGCGUCUGCUGGCCGACAGGAACAGGAACUUCACUGUGGAGCAGUUCUGGAAGCAGGUGUUCGCUGACUGAGAUGCGGCUGUUUGGGAUGCGCUGUGUCCCCUGGCAGUGCAGCGGAAUGCUGAUAGGCCUGCUUUCUGCCCCGGAGUCAGUGCUGCCAGCCACCCCUUCUGCACUCUGCCGAGCUUAGCAGUCCCUGUGCCAAAAGGACUACAAUUCCCACAAGUGCUGCUGGAACAGGCAGACUGCAGGCGCCCCGUCGACCACAGGAGUCGCUGGUGCAGAAUGGGAAGACGUCAAUCACGGUAUGGGAGACAGUAUGGUGUGUUGUGCACUCUUCUGCUCCACUGCUGGCCGCAGUUGGCAUGGAUUCAAUGUCAGAGCCUGGGGCACAUCCGCAUGCUGUAACUGUAUCUUGCCUGGAUGAGCUACAUUGUAGCCUAGAUUAAGCACUGUGUUGGAGGAUAGAGUAAUAGCCCCAUUACUCCUAAGUGUCCCGUCUUCCACAAUGUUGAGUGGCUUGAUUAGGAGAACGUUACAAUAUAUACACAGAAAAACAUUCAGCUUUGAUCUCCAAGCUGCACAUGCAAGACUUACGAUUGUAUCUGUGGUGCCAAGAAGUGUCCUUCCCACUGUCGCAUACAUAUGAAUUCAUAGAAAGCACAUGCAUUGUAUAGUACCCAUACUUUUUUGCGCUUGACCUUUUAAAAGUUAAAUGUUUAUAUGACUUUGUGUACAGACCUUUCAUGCUCCACGUUCUUACGUAAUCAAUGGGAGUGCAGUUUGGCAAAGACAAACCAUUUACUCUAAUGGUGUACCUUUUGAUAGAAAUAUUUUGUACAGAGUGUUCCUUUUGGUGGUUACAUCAGUGUCAUUGUGGUUCCGUAAAAGGCUAAAUGACAGCUAAAUUGUACUAAAAAGCACUGAAAGGCCCUGUGAGUCUGCCAGCGGCACUUUCCGGGCUAAUAAAUACACGAUGCUUCCAACCAAACUCUUCCUGUUUUAUUUUU